AUGGAGUACGGAUCAGUAGAAGACAAUGGGGAUUACAGCUCAUUUAGCUACGAUUAUUAUCAACUUUUGAAAGAUGCAGACGAAUUGAAUACCCCACCAUCAGUAACAGUGGUCUUUGGAGUUGUGUUCAUGGUUUUGAUAAUAGUUGGUAAUAUUUGGGUUAUAAUAGCCGUUGCUCGUCAACCUAAAUUACGGAAAUCGGCAACAAACGUGUUUAUUGUUUCUUUAUCGAUAUCUGACCUACUGGUAGCUGUAUUUUUUAUACCAUAUCACGUUGCCCAAUUCGCGUAUCAUACGCCCAUAUCCAACAGGGCUAUGUGUAAAAUAUUGGGUUAUUUUCACUGGGCAGCGCAGUGUGGGACAACGUUCUCGUUAAUAUGCAUCGGGAUAGACCGUUACCGUGCAAUCGUACAGCCCAUGAGGCCAAAGCUGACGUUGCAGAACGCAUUUGUCGGGUGCUUUAUUGUGUGGGUAUGCGCGUUGGGGUACUCGACUUUCAAACUGCCUGUUAAUGACGUUCUUGUCUGGAACGAGACAUAUACCUUUGAGUACGGCAACACAACAUUUGAAGAAUAUGAACUAGUGUAUGAAUGUCAUAUAAAAGACGAGGCAACGGAUUAUUGGUUCCGAUUGACAGAUCUGAUCAUAAUGUAUAUCCUUCCACUUCUGAUAUUGACAAUUCUAUACUCAAUCAUGGUAUUCACGUUAUGGUUCAGCAAAUCGCCGACGAAUUCCAGCAGUCGUAACAAGAAGAAAGCCGUGAAGAUGCUGAGCUUUGUCGUUCUACAGUUCGCACUGACGUGGCUCCCUAACCACACGCUGCAGUUCUACUUCACUUGGUCGGAAACCUUUCCCAGGAAUGCAUUUGUGUAUUCAAUAGUCCCUGCAAAUUUAGCAAUUUUCAUUUUUCUUUGUAACAGUUGGAUAAAUCCGAUCCUGUACGCGUAUUUCAAUGAAAGUUACAGAAAAGAAUUCAAAAAAUUAUUCCCUUGUUUCUAUAAAUGUCGCGAAACUAAAAUUGAGCCAGAUCCCACGUUUCAAACUAAAACGUUCGCUGGUAGAACUAACAUGUCUACUAUCAGCACUACAGUGGCAUAG